CACUUCUACUUUGCAUGGAUGAUUCAUGUCUUAAAGUAAAAAAAAAUAAAAAUAAAAAAUCCAGCUCGGGAUUCCAAUUCGCAUUUCAAAAAGGAGGCGGUGUACAGAUCUAAUUCUAACUCGGCACGGAGAACGGUAGGUUGGUCUUUAGAUCUGAUAGAAUGCAUCUCUUUCUUUUCAUUUCAAGGUUGAGCAUGUUGACAUGAGGAAUCAUCAGCUUGCAAAAUGAAAUCUCCUCCAUUACCUGCGGUCAAGAAGUUGUAAUCUGCCAAAACUUAGGUGGAGAUAUGGUUAAGCAUUGUGGAGUGUUCCUUCUUUUUCUAGCUAUUGGAUUCGUUUUUCAGUCCGUUAAGACGCGUCUCCCUCCGGAAGAGAUUGAAGCCCUCAAAAGCAUCGCUAGGGCAUUAAAUAAAACCAGUUGGGAUUUUAGUGUGGAUCCGUGUAGCCAAGAAUUGAGUUGGGUCACUCCUAAUGCUCUUGUUGGAUUUGAAAACAGCGUAUGGUGCAAUAACUGCUCUGAUGAUGGAAGUGUUUGCCAUGUGACAAGCAUAGUCCUCAAGUCUCAGAACCUUGUGGGAAGGCUCCCACCAGAAAUGGCAAAGCUUCCAUUCCUCCAAGAAAUUGACCUCACCCGCAACUAUAUCUAUGGAUCAAUUCCAAAAGAGUGGGCUGUUCUGCCACUUGUGAAUUUUUCUCUUCUUGGCAAUCGAAUCUCAGGGCAAAUCCCUUCAUGGAUUGGGAACUUCACAAACCUUAGAAAUCUGGUGCUAGAAGAAAAUCAACUUAUGGGUUCUCUUCCAGAGCAGCUUGGGCAUCUCAACAGCUUAGAGCUAUUUCAAUUAUCGUCGAACUUUUUGUCUGGCGAGCUGCCGGAUACAUUUACUAAUUUAACCAAUUUACAAUACUUUUUGAUUCGCAGCAACAACUUCAAUGGAAAGAUACCACAGUUUAUCCAGAACUGGACACAGCUUCUAAGACUAGACCUUCAAGCAAGUGGUCUUCAAGGGCCCAUUCCUUCAGGAAUUUCUCGUUUGAAGAAAUUGGAUGACUUGCGAAUCAGUGACAUAGUUGGUAACUCUGGCUUUCCACAGUUGCAAGGUAUUGAACAACUGCAAUAUCUGACAUUAAGGAAUUGUGGUAUAUCCGGAGUGAUCCCCAAAUUUAUGGACAAUUUUGUAAAUCUCAAACGGCUGGAUUUAAGCUUCAACAAGUUAUCUGGAAAUAUUUCAACGACAUUUCAGAGUCUUCUGCAUACUAAUGUGAUGUUUCUUACCGGUAAUAACUUAUCUGGUUCUGUACCUGACUGGAUGCUUUUGGGCAAAAACAACAUUGACCUUUCUUAUAAUAAUUUCACAUUGAAUUUUCAAGAUCAAACAUGUCAAGUGGGAAAAGUCAAUUUGCUGGGAAGCUCCUAUUCAUUUCAUAAUAUGACUGAACGAGUGCCAUGCUUGGAGGCAAUUCCUUGUGCUGGAUAUCAGCGGUCAUUGAAUAUAAAUUGUGGAGGAGAUCAGGUGACUACUGAUGAUAACCUGAUAUAUGAGUCAGAUAAUGAUGGAUCUGAUGGUGUCUCAACAUUUCGUGUGGGUACAAACUGGGCAGUUAGUAGCACCGGCGCUUUUCUGGAUUUGAGUGAUAAUAACAAUUUUAUAACAACAACUAGACAGAAUCUUUCCAUGCCUGACUCUGAAUUGUACGCAAAUGCACGAAUUUCACCAUUAUCUCUUAGUUAUUAUGGACUUUGCUUAUUAAAUGGGAACUAUAGUGUUAAACUGCACUUUGCGGAGAUAAUAAUCACUGACUACAAUGGAUAUAUCAGUCCUGGCAGGAGAAUAUUUGAUGUUUAUAUACAGGGAGAACUUGUUUUGAAAGACUUCAAUAUCAAAGUUGAGGCAAAUGGGUCAGAAAAAGCAGUUGUGAAGAAGUUUAAUGCCAUUGUUACAAAGAAUAAGUUGGAGAUUCGGUUUUAUUGGGCUGGCAAAGGAACAACAAACAUCCCUAUAAGUGGAACCUAUGGUCCUCUCGUAUCAGCUAUAUCUGUGGCUCCCAAUUUCAAGCCUCCAAGAAAAAGCAGAAAGCAUGUCAUUCUGGUAGUGGGAAUCCUCGUUUCAGCACUUUGUCUGAUUAUCUUGCUUUUAUAUGCAAUUUGGAAGAAAGGUUAUUUCAGGAGAAGGGAUUCAAUACGCCAAGAUCUGAGGCGGUUAGAGCUGCAAACUGGUUCCUUCAGCCUAAGGCAAAUACAAGAUGCUACCAAUAAUUUUAGUGCCUCUAACAAGAUUGGGGAAGGAGGUUUUGGAUCAGUCUACAGGGGUUUAUUGUCAGAUGGUACCAUGAUAGCUGUGAAACAGCUUUCCUCGAAGUCGACACAAGGAAAUCGUGAAUUUCUUAAUGAGAUAGGCAUGAUUUCUGCUCUACAGUAUCCAAAUCUAGUAAGGCUUUACGGAUGCUGUGUUGAAGAAAAUCAAUUACUGCUUGUAUAUGAGUAUUUGGAGAAUAAUAGCCUUGCCAAUGCUCUUUUUGGCCCAGAGAAAUACGAACUGAAACUGGAUUGGUUAACAAGGCAGAAGAUUUGUGUUGGUAUUGCUAGAGGUUUGGCAUAUCUUCACGAGGAGUCGAUGCUCAGAAUUGUUCACAGAGACAUAAAACCUACCAAUGUUUUACUAGACAGGGAACUGAAUCCGAAGAUAUCAGAUUUCGGCUUGGCUAAGCUCAAUGAAAAUGAACACACCCACAUAAGCACCAGAGUAGCUGGAACCAUGGGAUAUAUGGCACCUGAGUAUGCUACAAGGGGCUACUUGACCCUGAAGGCAGAUGUAUACAGCUUUGGAAUUGUUGCACUGGAAAUUAUUACUGGGAAGAGUGUCACAAAGAUAACCAACGAAGGAGACAUUCACCUUUUGGAUUGGGCGCACAUGCUAAGAGAGAAAGGGGAGUUACUGAUGCUUGUUGACAAGAAUCUGGGGCUUGAUUUCAACAAGGAAGAAGCUCUAAGGAUGAUCAAGGUAUCUUUGUUGUGUUCGAAUUCAUUACCUGCUAGGAGGCCACCAAUGUCGAUGGUGGUGUCCAUGCUGACAUCCGAUAUCAGCGUUCCAGAUUUUGCUCCAUAUUCAGGCAUAUUGGGCGAACAUAUAGCUCAGGAAAUCAUGUAUAAUCCUCAUGACUGUAAGUGUUCAGCUUCAGAAAGCCCGAUUCUACAUUUCCAUGGGGAAGUGAUUGAUGAUUCUUAGCCUGGCACUUCCAACUCUGAUCCUUCUCGUUCACUGCAGGCUUCAGAACUAAUUUGAUCAUAAAAUAUACUGAAGGACUUGAAUCAUUGAGGAUCUUGGCUGAUGAGGACAUCCGACCGUGGAAAGUCAAAAAAGUAAUCAAAGAUCUACGGUCAUGAUUAGAACACUUUAUUUUUGAGUUAUUUGUAUUUGAUUUAUUUAUGCAUCUUUUUUAUUUUUUACCCUCACUUGAGGGAGUAGGCUUAUGUGACCCAAGGGGACACUUUUGUCAUUUGAUUUGUAUUUUGGCUAUUUAUAGCCCCCCUCAUCUUCUUUUGAGGCAUAAUGAAUACUAUUAUUAAAAUUUUCAGUACUUGUGUUCUUGGA